AAAAUUUCGAAAAAAUGAAGAUAACAGUUAAUUUUUUGCUCGUAGCUCUGAUUGGAGUCCCUUCGGUGCUUUCUGAUCGUCAUAUAACCCGAGAUAAACGGCAAGCAAUGCGAGAUUAUGCAAAGUGGGAAAAUAAUAAAAUGUCUUUAUUUUUCUACAAUUUACCACUUGAAAUGCAAGCCAUGUUCCGAGAUGCGAUAAAUUACUUGGAAAAUCACACUUGUCUUAAAUUUGAGUAUAACGAGAAUGCAGAAACUGCAGUUAGAAUUAGAAAAGGAAAUGGAUGUUAUUCAUUGUAUGGAAUGCACGCAGGAGAAGUUCAAGAUCUUACAUUAGAUUACAAUUGUGCAUCUUUUGGAACAGCUGUUCACGAAAUCAUGCAUGCACUUGGAAUUGCCCAUGGUCAAGCUAGAAGUGAUAGGGACGAUUAUCUUAUAGUUGAUUCAACUAAUUCAAAUGAUGGUAUUGAGAACACUGAAAAUCUUGUUCCGUUUGAUUAUGGAAGCGUCAUGCUUUAUGCACGAGAUCCUCACAGUGAUAAACGAAUUCCGAUAGAUCCAGAAUAUAACUUCACAAUGGGAAGCCUUCGAGUUGCGUUUUAUGAUAUGGUUUUAUUGAACAAAUUCUAUGGCUGCAACUGUGAUAAUCAUCCAAGAAAAUUGGAUUGUAAAAAUGGCGGCUAUCAGAAUCCGGCCAACUGUGAAGAAUGUCUUUGUACUGACGGAUUCAAUGGUCAAUUAUGCGAUCAGCAUGAAGGAGUUUACGUUUUGGAAGCUAAAAAAGAAUGGGAUGCAUCAGGAGUGCGUAAUAAUUACAGAAAAGGAAUUGAAACAAAUACUAUGCCGGAGUAUACUUAUUUUGCAUUGACUGCUCCAGAAGGAUCCACAAUUGAGGUUCGUAUCACCAAACUAUCCGGAUUUUUCUGUCAACAUACAUGCGAUUAUAAUGGUGUUGAAUUGAAAUACAAAACUGAUCGACGAAUUGUGAGCCCAUUAGUAUGCUGUGAUAAUGAUAAUUUAUGGAAUAAGACACGAUCAUCAACCAAUAAUCCAUUCAUUAUUGCAAAAUAUGGAAAUAACCGAACACCUCACUUUGAAUUCGAAUAUCGUUAUAUUCCUGGGAAUGCUACUGCUGCGCCAGAAGAGAACAAUUAACAUCUCAAUCCACUCCGUUGAAAAUAAAAACUAUGCUGAUU